GGAAAUACAAUACUGUGCUCUACCUGUGCGGGGAAUGUGGCGCGAGAGACCCGGGCAACGCUGUGUACAUAGAAACUUCUGCCUGAAAAUAAUCAAUAAUUUCUUUUUCUUUGCGUUUUCAUUUAAGUCGGGGGUAUUGUUAUAAUCCGCGACAAUAUAUCUCUGGGAAGUACUGCUAAUCAGGGAGAAAAUGCCUCGGAGAAGACAGGUAAGAAGGAAUGUAGGUCGCACAAGAGGGUAACGUUAGCCUAGUUAGCAACGAUGUUCCUCAAUCUGAAUGUGAAUAUCGCUUCAUGAACCCGGCAAGUCAACCUUCUAAAACAAAGCAUCAGUGGUCCAUACUUUCAGUAAAGCGACAAUUUACACAUUAAAGUUGUUUAUUUACGCCAGUUAAUAUAAUGCUUUUCGCCAGGGUUUUCAGUUAAUAUGGAAACACCGCGGCUGGCAAACUUGGAGGAUGGUAACGAGCAGCGAUGCUAAUUCUUUAAUUCCAUUUAAAUUGAAGUAGCUUUUGGAAGUUAAUGCAUGCCGAGUACAUCACAAGACUACAAUAACCGGCGUUAUGUCACCAAGAAGCAAACCCGGUGUGGUUAAACAGAGAAUAUCAUUCAAUACUCCUUAAACUGUGAGAUUUUGUAUUGUAGUUUGGUAGUGUGACCUAUUAGCCGUGUAAACGGGGUCAGCUUAGCUACCUUGAAUGGCUAAGCUCACGAAAAUGAUGGUCUGCUAAAGUGGUCGCCUGCUUUGCCUUGUAGCCCGGACUACAACAAACAAUAUUACUGUAUUUGUGAAACAAAACUGUAGUAAAACGAAAUGCCUCUAUCAACCAAGCUAGCAGAGGCCACCAGCUGUCUGUGGCCUCCUCUGAGGACAUAAUAACAGGGUUUUCUGAUUUGAUAACAAGAGGCAAACACAUCAUUAGCUCCUCACACACUAUCCCGUUAUUCCAGUUCGUUGGACCUGUUUGAGUUUAAGACAGACCCCCACUGUUAUCAAGACGAGCUGAUAUGAUUGACACUUGCCAAAGAGACAAAAGCUUGUUUUUUUCCAUGCAAGUUUUAGUAGACAGCCUCUCAUUUAAGUUCCCUUUUGCUCAUUGACAGAGACACAUGCCUGGAAGUGGUUCAGAUGGAACUGAAGACUCAGACUCCUCAGCGGAAAGAGAACAAACCAACAGUUCAGAAAGUGAUGGAAACAUGCCCAAGAGACAGCGCCUCACCAGAGCCUCUACACGCCUUAGCCAAAGCUCUCAGGGUUAGCCAACAUAUCUUUAUUUUGAAUAUAAAACUGCCUUUUGUUUAAUGUCAGUUGUGAAAUCACAGUGGUGGUUUUGCUCCUACUGCUGUAGAUACUCCAGACUUGAAGCGAGCUGUGGACCACGAUGAAUCUCCACCAUUGACGCCCACAGGAAAUGCCCCUUCCUCUGAAUCUGAGCUGGACAUCUCCAGUCCGAAUGCCUCCCAUGAUGAGAGCCAGGCCAAAGAUCAAGUCAGCAGAGAUUCUGAUAAGGACCUUUCUCAUCGCCCCAAACGGCGCCGCUGUCACGAGACCUACAACUUUAAUAUGAAAUGCCCUACGCCAGGGUGCAAUUCUCUUGGUAAAAUCUCUGCUCUUCAUAGUGUAAAUUAUUUACCAUAGUUAAUAGUUUUUGUGUUAAUUACGAUUAAAUAAAAUCUCCAUCGGCAGUGACAUCCUGUAGUUCACUGAGUCAGUGGAGACAAGUGACCUCUUGCUCUCACUUUUUCCAGGUCAUCUGACAGGAAAGCAUGAACGUCAUUUUGCUGUUUCAGGCUGCCCCCUUUACCACAACCUUUCUGCUGAUGAAUGUAAAGUAAGUUAAUGAAAACAGUGUUCUCGUUACUCUUGAAGAACUCAAAGACUGUUGAUGUUCUUAAGAAGAGGCUCAAGACUCACCUUUUAACCAUGCUUUUCAAUGAUUGCCUUUUUUAUUUCACUUAUUGCAAAUGUUCAUUUUAAUCAAAGUACUUAAUGUUUCCUUUAUGUCAUUUUAUUAAUAAUCUCUGUUCUUAGUCUUUUUUUCUUAAUUCCUGUCAUAGAGGUUUUUACUUCUUACAUCUUGGUAAAGAUAUAUAGUGAAGAGCUUUUACUUAUUGUUCAUAUAAUAAUAUUUUCUUGUUUUUGUCCAUCAACUUUUAGUCUUUCUUUUUACCAUUUUUUAUCCAUAUCUCCAUUUUUUCCCAAAGGUCGCUCUUUCCUCCUGUAAUGUCUUGGUGUCAGGCCAUGUCUCUUCAACAAUAUAUCUUAAAUUCUCACUUUGUGUGCGCUUGAGUGUGUGUAUGUGUGGAUGAGUGAGGGUGGGUGUGUGUCUGUGUUUGUGGGUCCGUGGGUGGGAGGGUCCGGUUUUAUUGUUGUUUAAUUGUUGUUUUUAUCCUCUUUGAGGCACUUUGUAUAUAUAUUUUAUUGUCUGAAAAGCGCCAUACAAAUAUAGUUGAAUUUGAAUUUUAAAUUUCAAUAACAAAAUGCGAAGUAAAAAAAUAGUAAAAAUAAAGGGAUCAUGUAUAUGUAUAUAAUCCUUAUAAAUUUAUAUUGAAGAUUAAGUCUAAAGUUACAUGUCAUUUGUUGUUUUGAGUUUGUAGUGCCACUAAAGAGACAGAACUCUGUUUUGUUACUAAAGUUUUAUGUUGUGUUUUUGAUAAAGCUCUGACAAAAAUCCUUCAUCAUCUCUCCAUUUCAGGUUAAAGCCAUCAGCCGUGAGAAACAGGAAGAGGAGGUGAAGACGCAAGAAGAGAGCAACUCACGCCAUGCAACCAGAAACCAGGUAGUCUAUAAGUGGGGUGUUUAGCAUGAUUGCUAACAGUAAGCUUGUAAAUGUUGUACAAGAAAAAAAUGAAAGGUGAUUGAUAAUAGAAGUGUUUUUUUUUUUGUUUCAGACACCAACAUCAAAACAAAGCAGAUACAAAGAGCAGGUGGCUGAAAUGAGGAAAGGAAGAAACUCCGGCCUUCAGAAGGAGCAGAAAGAAAAGCACAUGGUACAUUACUGCUCUGUUUGCUUGUGGUCAGGCUCUCUCUGCUUUGGUUCACCUGUAGAUUCUUCAUAUAUUCCCUUUUUCUGUUUUGUUCACAGGAGCAUCGCCAGACACACGGCAACACCAGAGAGCCUCUGCUGGAGAACAUCACCAGCGAAUAUGACCUAGAACUCUUCAGGAAAGCCCAGGCCAGAGCAUCUGAAGAUCUGGUAGAGAACUCUCAUGUCUCCUUCUUGCAUCACGACUUAGGUCGCUUUCACACCAGAGCUGUUUGGUCCGCUUUAAACGGACCAGAGUUUGUUUCCUUGGAUAGUCCUCUUCGUUUGGGCAGGAGUGAAAGCUCAUCUGAGCUCUGGUGCGGACCAAACAAGCAAACUCUGGUCCACCUGAAAACGUGGGUCUCGGUUCGCUUGCAAGUGAACCCUGGUUCGGUUCGUAUGCAGUGUGAAAGCUCAUACAACGCUAUACGCAGUGCAUCUUGGGUAGAGGAAGCAACUGCUAAUGUCAGCGGUGCACGACAACACUUGUUGCAAUAGCAACAAGUGACGUCUUGCACCGCUGACAUUAGCAGUUGCUAGCUAGCUUAGCUCAAUUGUCUGAACAACAAUAACCCAUAAAUUCACAAUUUGGCAUAUUUAAACAAAAUCAAAUCACAAUUACCAACAGUCAGAGUCCUUAAACUCUGAGCUCAUAUGUUGUCACAUGUUAGAUCGUCAAAGUUAGAAAAAUAAUAGGAUCAAUUCCUGACAAGCUAUGAUAGCAUCAUAGGAACAGUUGCGCUCACUAAUGUUGUAGCAUUCCAUAAAGUAAUGUGACGUAGCACAAUACGAGACAGCUGGUCCACCCCUGUUUAUAAUCCGUGAGGUUACAUACCCCUCCUACUUUGUCCAAUCGACGAGUGCCCCUUUCAACCACGUGAUGCUGCUCGGAAAGUUUGAUGCGCUUUAGAAAUCACAGUGUGAAAGCAGAACCAAAACAAGUGAUAAAUGCAACAAUGUUGCAACUUUCAGCUACCCAAUCGAACUGAGUCCUCUUGGUCAGGUGUGAAAGCGACCUUAGUGUAUUCAGAGAGUCUGUUAUAGACACCAGUGAGUGUACAUUCAGAUAAGCUGAGCUGUGACACAAGUAUUCCCUCCUGCAGGAGAAGCUGCGCAUUCAGGGACAGAUCACUGAGGGCAGCAACAUGAUCAAGACCAUCCUUUUUGGCCGCUACGAGCUGGACACCUGGUACCACUCUCCAUAUCCAGAGGAGUAUGCACGUUUGGGUCGCCUCUACGUCUGCGAGUUCUGUCUCAAGUACAUGAAGAGCCAGACUAUUCUCAGGAGACACAUGGUGAGAAACGGAGUGAAAAUAAUAACAUCUUUGAUUAUUUUUAUUUUAUUUUUGUGUCUAAGAAGUCUUAAUUUUGACCAUAGAUUCAUCAGAGCUGAAGCUGAAAAUAAAGUGCAGCUGCAUUGCUUGAUUGGGUCCUCUAUGAUCAUUUCAAGUGCUGGAUUUAAAAAAGUACAAAUGAAUAAUUUUUCCCUGAUAUUUAGUUGAAUAAACUUGUUAUUCCCGUUACACAGAAUGCUUUUUAAAACAACAAUGUCUGAUUUAGGCUAAGUGUGUUUGGAAGCAUCCUCCAGGUGACGAGGUGUACAGAAAAGGAGCCAUAUCUGUGUUUGAGGUGGAUGGGAAAAAGAAUAAGGUAAGGAGGCUCAUUAGUUCCUUUACUCAAGGCUUUGUAAAUAUUGGCAGAUUGCUUACAUUCAGACAGCCAAAGCAAACAUCUCAGUGGCGUCUGACUUCUGAGUAAACCGUGAUGAAAAGAAUGACUGCGGUUUUAUUGCCAGAUCUACUGCCAGAACCUGUGUUUACUCGCCAAGCUCUUCUUGGACCACAAAACGCUUUAUUACGAUGUGGAGCCUUUUCUCUUCUAUGUCAUGACUGAAGCGGACAACACCGGCUGCCAUUUGGUGGGAUACUUCUCCAAGGUAAAUGAAGACAGCAGUUCAGAUUAAUGACAUGCAUAUGCGGUUUAUUGAUUUUAAUAUUUCACACAAGAUUAAAACAUGAAAGUGACCACAUCAAUUAAAAAAAUUAAAGGAUCACAUACAUGCAAUACUUUUUCAAAAGUGGUUAGUUAAUACAUAAGCAGAGAAACAGACCAAAUAUUAAAAUAACGCUUGGAGGAACAUCUUCAAACUCAUUAUGUAAAUUUGCAACAGGUUAGUACAUAAGCGGGUAUAAAAAGGACACUGCAGAGAGGACGAGUCUCUUAGGAGUAAAAAUGUGAAGUUACCACACUUUAAGAAUGUUCCUCAGCAGAAUCAGGUCAGGGUAAUUCAUCACCUACAGUUCCAAGUAUCAUUAAAGUAUCUGGUAAAUAUGAAAAAAUCUUUUUUUUUAAUGAGACAAGACCAAAAACUGAAACCCCCUUCAGCAAAUUAACAUGACUCUGUUAUGAAAAUCACUGCAUAGGCUCAAAAUCACCCUCCCAAAAACAAUUGUAUGUGAACAGUUUCUCUCUUCAUUAGCAAAUGCAGGUUAAAACUACCAGGCGAAGGAAAACACAUACAGUACAUGAAUAGGAUAAAACUAGCAAAGAGAUGGGAGUGACUAUGUUUCCUCAGGAGCUGUUAGAGUUGACACAACCUCAUUGAAUUUUAUAGACAAAUGUGCAGAUGUGAUCAGUACUGAUUUAACUGCAGCUCAGAAAUUGUAGGAAUAGUGACAUUAUAAUUGUUUAAGCCAUGUUUGUCUCUUUAAUCGCUUACAGGAGAAAAACUCGUUCCUCAACUACAAUGUGUCCUGUAUCCUGACGAUGCCACAAUACAUGAGACAGGGCUUUGGAAAGAUGCUUAUUGACUUCAGUACGUAUCAGAUUUUAUCUUAUUUAAUCAUUAUUUAGAUAUUAUUAUUAUGGUUUGUUUGCUUAGACAAGAGUGUGCUAAUCUAAACUGCUCUCUCUCUCUCUGAAUGCCCUUUGUGUGCUGUUCAGGCUACCUGCUGUCCAAAGUGGAGGAGAAAGUGGGCUCACCAGAGAGGCCUCUGUCUGACUUGGGCCUCAUCAGCUACCGUAGUUACUGGAAGGAGGUGUUACUCAGAUACAUGUACAAUUUCCAGGGAAAAGAGAUCUCCAUCAAAGGUAACAGAAGUCAAACACAAGGCAUAUUUGCUCAUGAGAAAAUUUUAUUAACACAAAGAUGUACUAACACACAUGCAGAAACAAAACAUAUAACUGUUGUAAUAUGUGAUGCACAGAGAUCAGUCAGGAGACUGCUGUCAAUCCGGUGGACAUCGUGAGCACCCUGCAGUCUCUUCAGAUGCUGAAGUAUUGGAAGGGAAAGCACCUGGUGUUAAAGCGACAGGUCAGAUUUCACCUGAUAUGUUACUAUUGACUCUUUGAGCAGUUUUAGUGUAGCCAGUGUUUAUGAUUUAAAUAACUUUUCAGAAUAUUCACACCUUCAUGAGUAUAAAUGAUUAAAUAUAUGAUGAAUAUGUUUUAACAGGUCAAACACAUGUAAUUGUUGGAGCUUCCUAGUGUCCACUGUAUGAGCAAUGUUUGCUCAUUGAACCUUAUCCCAAUGCAAUUUUCCUAUUCCAAAACUGACUGUAAUUUCCUCCCUCUAGGACCUGAUUGAUGAGUGGAAAGCAAAGGAGAUCAAGAGAGGCAAUAGCAAUAAAACCAUUGACCCAAGCUCACUGAAAUGGACCCCUCCCAAAGGGACAUGAGCACUAAGAACCUCAGGCUACUGAACUAAUUCACCUCCAGCCUCACCAGCCACAAGUAGCCUCGAUCCAUAAAACUGUCAAUGAAGACCAGUGCUCUUUCUUUCUUUUUUUUUUUUCUCCUCCUUUGCUUUUGUCUCAGAACUUUUUUUUACUUUUAUAUUUUACUUUGUAUUUUAGACUCCAUAUGUUUCCAGUCUGAUGAUUUUGCGCUGAAACAUCAUCUCCACCAGAGAGACUUUUUUUCAUAUUUGUUUUUAAAACAGCUUCUACUAAGCUUUGAAUGUGAAACAGUCCAGUGUGUUGGAUAAACAUGAAUGUUUUGCUUUUCUCAUGCAAAAAAAAAAAGAAAACAAAAACCCACAUAUCUGCACUUGGCAGCAUUUACAGGCUGUUUUUUUUCUUUCCAUUACAACAGUAACUGUUAGCAUGAAAUGAAUCUGUAAGCUGAGUGUAAUCUGAGAAAUGAUGUAUGGUGACGUCUUUGGUUGGUGUUUAAUUGUAUAGAUGAAACAAUAAUGUAUUUUUUUUUCUCCAGCUCCAUCAAUACAGGAUUUGGACCCAUUCCUCUGACAAACCUGCCAAACAACAGUGCAUUAUUCAGAUUGUUUUACUUUUCUGAGAAUAAAUGAGGAUAAAUGACAAGGUACCACUGUAAGAAUGCACAUAGAAAUAAAACAACCUCAGGUCUUUGUACUGAUACAAUCUUACCUUGCUCGUGUGGUUCCUCCAAAACAUCAGGCGCAGUGGUUGUUGCAGAUGCAAACACUCGGGUUAAAAGUUCUGUGAAAACCAGAAAAUCUGAACAUCACAUUUGACUGUAUUUACAUUUUACUCUUUAAUCAUAGAUGUUUUAAUGUGUAUUAGCAAUUUGAUAUUUUAAUAUCAAUAAAGCUGCUUUGAUAUUUUGAAA